UUUGUUAAGAGAUGGGUAAUGUCGAUAACAGAAACCUGCUUGCCAUAACGAUCAUGAUGAUUCUCUUCUCAUCAACAUUGGCCCUUAGAAAACUGAACGAUCGGCGGGAAGAUGCAAACGACAACGUUGCCAAGAUCUUCAUCGACUGGAUCAUACGACACCGAAGGAUGUACUUGAAUGAGUCCCACAAACAUGAGCGCUUUCAGAUAUUCAAAACCAACUGGGAAUACGUCGAAAACUUCAAGAAGCUCAGUAAUAAGACCUAUACCGUAGGUCUCAAUGAGUUCUCUGACUUAACCACGGAAGAAUUCCGGGCAACUUAUGGCUGCAGCAUAGAUCCCAUUCCAAACAGUAUCCACACAAACUCCACCUCCUCAUCUCCUGAUGUCAGCAUCGAGUAUCUUGACUAUGAUACAUGCGAUGAAACAAAGGAUUGGACGAAAGAAGGAUACGUGACCAGCCCUGGGAUGCAAAAUACAUGUCGUUCAUGCUGGGCAUUUGCGGCCGUAGCAGGAGUGGAAGGGAUUGCACAAAUCAGGAACAGAGAAAACCCAGCUCGACUAUCCGUGCAGCAGCUCGUUGAUUGUGAUGAGAAGUAUAACAGAGGCUGCAGAGGCGGUCUCGCAAGAUAUGCCUACGACUACAUAGUAAGGAACGGAGGCAUCACCAGUGCCGAAAAUUACCCAUAUACUGAUUCGGAAGGACAGUGCGACCUCGCUAAGGAAAAACAAUUUGAUGCAAGUAUCACUGGGUUUACUCUCGUGCCGCCAAAUGACGAGUUUGAGCUGAUGAAGGCAGUAUGCAUGCAGCCGGUAUCGGCCAGAAUUACGUUGACAGGUGAACUUCAGCGCUACACUGGUGGAGUAUUCAGUGGAGAGUGUGGAAUGGAGUUAGGGCACGCUGUGACCAUUGUUGGAAUGGGGAAGACUGAUGACGGCAUUAAGUACUGGAAAUUAAUGAAUUCGUGGGGUGAGAUGUGGGGCGAAGGAGGGUAUCUUAGAAUUCUCAGAGGAACUGGCAAGCCAGAAGGUCAUUGUGGCAUAAAUAUUGAACCUUCUUAUCCCGAUAUUGGUGACCCUUGACUCCUUCCUGCAUACAUUUGUUGAUAAUUAGAUGAUCGAAAAUAAAACAUGCUGAAGCAGAGAUUCUUUUAUUUCUUUUGUUGUUUUCAAAUAAUUGUACGAGAGGUUCCUGGGACGUUCCAUCUAUGAAAAAUCAGUGAU